CAAUGAAAAGGUUUUGAAAUUAGGUUUUUCAAGUUUUUCUCUAACGAUAUUUCUUCUGUUCUGCGCUUCCCCUUUCAGUGGAGCUGGCGAAAUCUUUUGUUUAUGCAGAUAACGGAACAAAAGAAAAACGAAACAAACAAGCCAAAUCUGCGAUGUAUGACACGUCUGUGGAGGAUGCCUUGAUUGGAUCGUAUCUUCAAAACCUUCUUGAUAGAAACGAUGCCAUGAUAUAUAAACUUAUUGCAAAAAUCGCAAAAGUGAAUAGGAAACGGAGAGAUGUUUCUGCGAAACUGACAAAAGUAAUGAAGGAAUUGGAAAAGAACAAGAAAAUAAUAGUUGAGAUGGAGAGGAAACUCGCGAAGGAUACUGUGAGUGCGAAAAACGACGGAGAGUCGGUUGUGAAAGUUGACGAAGAGAUGAUUGCCCUUACUGAGCAAAAUGACGAAGACACCCUCACCGGAUUAGAUGAGUAGUUGUAUCCAUG